AUGUCUUCUGUAUACACAUUUCCUUUUAUGUCACUUGUAUACACAUUUCCGUUGAUGUCUCUUUUAUACACAUUUCCUUUGAUGACUCUUUUAUACAAAUUUCCUUUGAUGUCUCCUGUAUACACAUUUCCAAUGAUGUCACAUGUAUACACAUUUCCAUUGAUGUCUCUUUUAUACACAUUUCCUUUGAUACACAUUUCCUUUGAUAUCUCCUGUAUACACAUUUCCAUUGAUGUCUCUUGUAGACACCUUUCCUUUGAUAUCUCCUGUAUACACAUUUCCAUUGAUGUCUCUUGUACACACAUUUCCUUUGAUGUCACUUGUAUACACAUUUCCAUUGAUGUCGCUCGUAUACACAUUUCCUUUGAUCUCUACUGUAUACACAUUUCCUUUGAUGUCACUUGUAUACACAUUUCCUUUGAUGUCUACUGUAUACACAUUUCCUUUGAUGUCUUCUGUAUACACAUUUCCUUUGAUGUCACUUGUAUACACAUUUCCUUUGAUGUCUCUUUUAUACACAUUUCCUUUGAUGACUCUUUUAUACAAAUUUCCUUUGAUGUCUCCUGUAUACACAUUUCCAAUGAUGUCACAUGUAUACACAUUUCCAUUGAUGUCUCUUUUAUACACAUUUCCUUUGAUGACUCCUGUAUACACAUUUCCUUUGAUGUCACUUAUAUACACAUUUCCUUUGAUGUCUCCUGUAUACAAAUUUCCUUUGAUGUCUCCUGUAUACACAUUUCCAAUGAUGUCUCUUGUAGACACAUUUCCUUUGAUAUCUCCUGGAUACACAUUUCCAUUGAUGUCUCUUGUAGACACCUUUCCUUUGAUAUCUCCUGUAUACACAUUUCCAUUGAUGUCUCUUGUACACACAUUUCCUUUGAUGUCACUUGUAUACACAUUUCCUUUGAUGUCUACUGUAUACACAUUUCCUUUGAUGUCUUCUGUAUACACAUUUCCUUUGAUGUCUACUGUAUACACAUUUCCUUUGAUGUCUUCUGUAUACACAUUUCCUUUGAUGUCACUUGUAUACACAUUUCCUUUGAUGUCUCUUUUAUACACAUUUCCUUUGAUGACUCUUUUAUACAAAUUUCCUUUGAUGUCUCCUGUAUACACAUUUCCAAUGAUGUCACAUGUAUACACAUUUCCAUUGAUGUCUCUUUUAUACACAUUUCCUUUGAUGACUCCUGUAUACACAUUUCCUUUGAUGUCACUUAUAUACACAUUUCCUUUGAUGUCUCCUGUAUACAAAUUUCCUUUGAUGUCUCCUGUAUACACAUUUCCAAUGAUGUCUCUUGUAGACACAUUUCCUUUGAUAUCUCCUGUAUACAAAUUUCCAUUGAUGUCUCUUGUAGACACAUUUCCUUUGAUAUCUCCUGUAUACACAUUUCCAUUGAUGUCUCUUGUACACACAUUUCCUUUGAUGUCACUUGUAUACACAUUUCCAUUGAUGUCGCUCGUAUACACAUUUCCUUUGAUGUCUCUUUUAUACACAUUUCCUUUGAUGACUCUUUUAUACACAUUUCCUUUGAUGUCAGUUGUAUACACAUUUCCAUUGAUGUCACUUGUAUACACAUUUCCUUUGAUGUCUCUUUUAUACACAUUUCCUUUGAUGACUCUUUUAUACACAUUUCCAUUGAUGUCUCUUUUAUACACAUUUACUUUGAUGACUCCUGUAUACACAUUUCCUUUGAUGUCACUUAUAUACACAUUUCCUUUGAUGUCUCCUGUAUACAAAUUUCCUUUGAUAUCUCCUGUAUACACAUUUCCAUUGAUGUCUCUUGUACACACAUUUCCUUUGAUGUCACUUGUAUACACAUUUCCAUUGAUGUCGCUCGUAUACACAUUUCCUUUGAUGUCACUUGUAUACACAUUUCCAUUGAUGUCUUCUGUAUACACAUUUCCUUUGAUGUCACUUGUAUACACAUUUCCUUUGAUGUCUACUGUAUACACAUUUCCUUUGAUGUCUUCUGUAUACACAUUUCCUUUGAUGUCUACUGUAUACACAUUUCCAAUGAUGUCACAUGUAUACACAUUUCCAUUGAUGUCUCUUUUAUACACAUUUCCUUUGAUGACUCCUGUAUACACAUUUCCUUUGAUGUCACUUAUAUACACAUUUCCUUUGAUGUCUCCUGUAUACAAAUUUCCUUUGAUAUCUCCUGUAUACACAUUUCCAUUGAUGUCUCUUGUAGACACAUUUCCUUUGAUAUCUCCUGUAUACACAUUUCCAUUGAUGUCUCUUGUACACACAUUUCCUUUGAUGUCACUUGUAUACACAUUUCCAUUGAUGUCGCUCGUAUACACAUUUCCUUUGAUGUCUACUGUUUACACAUUUCCUUUGAUGUCUCUUUUAUACACAUUUUUUUGAUGACUCUUUUAUACACAUUUCCUUUGAUGUCAGUUGUAUACACAUUUCCUUUGAUGUCUCUUUUAUACACAUUUCCAUUGAUGUCUCUCGUACACACAUUUCCUUUGAUGUCUCUUGUAUACACAUUUCCUUUGAUGUCUACUGUAUACACAUUUCCAAUGAUGUCUCUUGUAGACACAUUUCCUUUGAUAUCUCCUGUAUACAUUGAUGUCGCUCGUAUACACAUUUCCUUUGAUGUCUACUGUUUACACAUUUCCUUUGAUGUCUCUUUUAUACACAUUUUUUGA